AUGAGCGAAGAGGGCGGACAGGUGACUGUGUUGGGCUCGUUUCUAUUGGCCAACGAGACUCGUCUGCCAUUAGCCUACAGAAACAAGGAGCGUCUUGGUGCAGCAAUGCUACGCAGAUGCGCUAACGAGAUAGGAGGCGAGUUCGACACAGACUCCGCAGAUAUUGCUCAUUUAGGACCGGUGGAUGAUCUCUCCGCACGAGAAGAUGAAAUCCUCUUAGACAGGGAUGUUGCUGCGCUGAUGAACAUGGACGAGCUCGACCUUCAGAGACUGCUGGAAGACCUCGAGCAAGAGGUUGACCGCACUUUCAGCUCUGAUGUUCUCGUCCAGUGGGCUGCCCGACGCCCAGAAGCAGUCGCUUUUGCCCAAGAUGACGAGAACUACAAGAUGGCAACGGAGUCCAUCAGGGAUAGCGCUGGAACAAUUUGCAUGAAAAUGUAUGAAGAUAUAAGGGAGAAGAAUACUCUGGAAAAGGACCUUGUGCGGGUGUUAGAUCAAAAUAUAGCAGAACUUCAGUCAGCCGCUCUUCAGCUGACUUCUCAACAAACAAGCGACGUAGUCGGGAAUGUACGUCACUCGCUCAUACACAUAAAAAUGCGUCUCGAUGAGCGCCGCAGACAAUCUACCUCGAGGCGGGCGUGUCGGGUUAAGAAGGCCGAAAGGAAAGAAAUGUACUUAGCCGUGGCACCAAGUGACCAAGAGGCCCGCUUGCACGAGCUGAGACAACGGGUUGCACACUAUAUAGCAGCUGAUGCAGGCGUGUAA